ACUUAAGUCCAGAAGAUGAGUGUUUGUGUGGAGGAAGAGGAGGACAGAGCAGAGUCUGCAGUAUCCAGCUGUCUGUCUAUGAAGAGUGACCGAUCCAGAGGUCAUCCUCCAGACUUCAGUAAUGAGCCUGGACCCUCAGACACAAAAGGUCAGAACCACGGACAGAGAGGAGAGUCUUUAGUAUCCAGCUGUCUGUCUAUGAAGAGUGACCGAUCCAGAGAGUAUCCUCCAGACUUCAGUAAUGAACCUGGACCCUCAAACAUAAAAGGGAAGAUAAAAAGCAGUGUUUCUGUGGAGGAGCAGCCGUCCUGCUGUGCUUUGUGUCAGGACGUCCUGAAGGAUCCAGUCUCUACCAGCUGUGAACACUGGUUCUGCAGACAGUGCAUCACCUCAUACUGGGACCAGUCUGCUUCAUCAGGAGACUCCUCCUGUCCCCAGUGUGGAGAAAGAUCCAGAACAAGAGCUGGACUGCAGACAGCCAGUCAGAGCAGCUCUGUACAAAUGAGUGCUGGUCUGCAGAAGGUUUUAGAUGAACAUAAGAUCAGUCUGAGGAGGAGAUGUGAAUGUGUCACUGAAGGAACUGAUGAAACAGGAAGUGGAACCCUCCUCAACAGGAUCUACACUGAGCUCUACAUCACAGAGGGACAGAGUGAAGAGGUUAAUACCCAGCAUGAGGUGAGGCAGAUUGAGACAGCUUCCAAGAUGGAGACCCUCCAUGAAACUCCAAUCAAGUGCCACGAUAUCUUUAAAGCCUUACCUGGCCAACAGAAACACAUCAGAGUGGUUCUGACCAACGGCGUCGCUGGUGUUGGAAAAACCUUCUCAGUGCAGAAGUUCACUCUGGACUGGGCAGAGGGCUUGGAAAACCAAGAUAUCAGUCUGUUGGUUCUGCUUUCGUUCAGGGAGCUGAACUUGAUCAAAGAUGAGCAGUACAGUCUUCUCACGCUGCUCCAUGUUUUCCAUCCAACAUUACAGAAGGUCCCAGCAGAGAAGCUCGCUGUCUGUAAACUGUUGUUCAUCUUUGACGGCCUGGAUGAAAGCAGACUUUCAUUGGAUUUCCACAACAAUGAGGUUGUGUCUGAUGUCACACAGAAGUCAUCAGUCAACCUGCUGCUGACAAACCUCAUCAAGGGGAAUCUGCUUCCCUCGGCUCUCGUCUGGAUAACUUCCCGACCUGCAGCAGCCAAUCAGAUCCCUCCUUCAUGUGUUGACAGGUUAACAGAAGUACGAGGCUUCACUGACGCCCAGAAGGAGGAGUACUUCAGGAGGAGAGUCAGUGAUGAAGAGCUGUCCAGCAGAAUCAUCUCACACAUCAAGACCUCCAGGAGCCUCCACAUCAUGUGUCUAAUCCCAGUCUUCUGCUGGAUCACUGCUACAGUUCUAGAGCACAUGUUGACUACAGAGCAGAGAGGAGAGCUGCCCAAGACCCUGACUGACCUGUACUCUCACUUCCUGCUGGUUCAGACAAAGACGAAGAAGCAGAAGUACGAUGAGGGACAUGAGUUGAGUCCACAGGAGCAGAUGGAGGCUGACAGGAGGGUUCUUCUGAAGCUGGGGAGGCUGGCGUUUGAACAUCUGGAGAAAGGAAAAAUCAUGUUCUACCAAGAAGACCUGGAGCAGUGUGGUCUUGAUGUCACAGAGGCCUCGGUGUACUCAGGUGUUUGUACAGAGAUCUUCAAAAGAGAGAGUGUGAUCUUCCAGAAAACAGUCUACUGCUUUGUUCAUCUGAGCAUUCAGGAGUUUCUGGCUGCAGUUUACAUGUUUAACUGUUACACCAGGAGGAACACAGAGGUACUGGAGGUCUUCCUGGGGAAAAAACAUUCAGCCCUGGAUGUCUUUCUGAGGAGCACCAUGGAGAAAUCCCUUGAAAGUAAAAAUGGCCACCUGGACCUGUUUGUUCGCUUCCUUCAUGGCCUCUCUCUGGAGUCCAACCAGAGACUCUUAGGAGGCCUGCUGGGUCGGACAGACAACAGUCCAAAAAUCAUCCAGAGAGCCAUCAACAACCUGAAGAAAAUGAACACAAAAGCCUCUCCUGACAAAAGCAUCAACAUCUUCCACUGUCUGACGGAGAUGAACGACCACUCAGUACAUCAGGAGAUCCAAGAGUUCCUGAAGUCAGAGAACAGAUCAGAGAAGAAACUCUCUGUGAUCCACUGCUCAGCUCUGGCCUACAUGCUGCAGAUGUCAGAGGAGGUUCUGGAUGAGUUGGACCUGAUGAAGUACAACACAUCAGAGGAGGGACGACAGAGACUGAUUCCAGCUGUGAGGAACUGCAGAAAGGCUCUGUAA